CCAGGCGGGAUAAGCUGCACACGCUCGGAGGAGCCAUGGCGGAUGGGCCGGUGGCGGAGGUGCUGCUUCGGCAACUGGAGGCGGCGGAUGGCGGCUUGGACAGCGCAGAGCUGGCGGCUGAGCUGGGCGUGGACCACCAGGCGGUGGUGGGCGCCGUGAAGAGCCUGCAAGCGCUGGGCGAGAUCAUUGAGGCUGAGCUGCGUUCCACCAAGCGCUGGGAGCUUACCGCUGAGGGCGAGGAGAUAGCCCGGGAGGGCAGCCAUGAGGCACGGGUGUUUCACAGCAUCCCCCGGGAGGGCCUGGCCCAGAGCGAGCUCAUGCGACUUCCCAGCGGCAAGGUGGGCUUCAGCAAGGCCAUGUCCAACAAGUGGAUCCGCGUGGACAAGAGUGCAGCUGAUGGGCCCCGGGUGUUCCGAGUGGUGGACAGUGUGGAGGACGAGGUGCAACGGCGGCUCCAGCUGGUCCAAGGUGGGCAGGCUGAGAAGCUGGGUGAGAAGGAAAGGAGUGAGCUCAGGAAGAGGAAGCUGCUAACUGAAGUGACCCUGAAGACCUACUGGGUGAGCAAAGGCAGUACUUUUAGCACCAACAUCUCCAAGCAGGAGACAGAGCUGAGCCCAGAGAUGAUCUCCAGCGGCUCCUGGCGGGACCGGCCCUUCAAGCCAUACAACUUCUUGGCCCGUGGCGUCCUCCCAGACAGCGGCCACCUGCAUCCUCUGCUCAAGGUCCGCACGCAGUUCCGGCAGAUCUUUCUGGAGAUGGGGUUCACAGAGAUGCCGACUGACAACUUCAUUGAGAGCUCCUUCUGGAACUUUGAUGCACUUUUCCAGCCCCAGCAGCACCCGGCCCGUGAUCAACACGACACCUUCUUCCUCCGAGAUCCAGCGGAGGCCCUGCAGCUCCCAAUGGACUACGUCCAUCGGGUCAAGCGGACUCACUCUCAGGGUGGCUACGGCUCACAGGGGUACAAAUACAACUGGAAGCUAGAAGAGGCCCGGAAAAACAUACUGCGCACGCACACCACGUCUGCCAGCGCCCGUGCUCUCUACCGCUUGGCCCAGAAGAAGCCCUUCACACCAGCCAAGUACUUCUCCAUUGAUCGUGUGUUCCGAAAUGAGACCCUAGACGCCACACACCUGGCUGAGUUCCACCAGAUUGAGGGCGUUGUGGCCGACCAUGGCCUCACCCUGGGCCACCUCAUGGGCAUCCUGCGGGAGUUCUUCACCAAGCUGGGUAUCACCCAGCUGCGCUUCAAGCCAGCCUACAACCCCUACACGGAGCCCAGCAUGGAAGUGUUCAGCUACCACCAAGGUCUGAAGAAGUGGGUAGAAGUCGGGAAUUCUGGGCUCUUCCGCCCCGAGAUGCUGUUGCCCAUGGGGCUCCCUGAAAAUGUGUCAGUCAUUGCUUGGGGCCUCUCCCUGGAGCGCCCGACAAUGAUCAAAUAUGGCAUCAACAAUAUCCGGGAGCUUGUGGGCCACAAGGUGAACCUCCAGAUGGUGUACGACAGUCCCCUGUGCCGCCUGGAUGCUGAACCGGGGCCCCCACGGACACAGGGCGCCGCAUGACAUGGGCCACUCUGGAUACCUGCCUUCCCUGGGCCCCAGCUGUCCAGCCCCCUUGCAUCCCUGCCAGUGACCCCCUUGUAUUUAUAAGGCCUCCGUGAGGCCAUCCCCCCCACCCCCGUUCCUGGUAUCUCCUCUUCCUCACCUGCCCCAAGGUCCCAGGGGCAAGGGAGCAGGUAGCAGGUUUGAUCUAUGAAGGUGGGAGCCCUGCAAUCCAGCUGCUGGCUAAUAAAGUGGGCAUUUGUCCUCA